CUGUUUGGUGUCGCUAUGGUGGGUCCCUGCCUCCGACAAAGAACCAAUUGCCUGCAAAGGGAAGCCAUAAUUAUGCACCAUCGCACCUUACCAUGACAUCUGCCAGAACGAAAACAAACAGUUCCUUCUAGCCUACACCGCGCCACUCCAGUUUUUGUUCCCUGCUAACUCACGCAUCCCCUGUUCCAUAUCAUCCACCUUAUCUCCAACCAUAAGAUCCAUAACGAUAACAUUGGGUAUGUUCAUUCAUUGACUCUCUUGUCUCUUCUUGCCUGCAAAGAUUUGAGGUAGUUAAAUAUAUUUUCACUGGAUGAUUGAUUAAUAAUCUGGCCAGAAGUUACUAAGAUGAAGUCCACAUUUCUUCAAUGCUUAUUGGCAUUCAUUUUAUUUUUGGGAUUUGUGAACAUUGGAAAUGCGGGAAUCACAAGUUCUUUUAUUCGGUCUGCGUGGCCAUCUACUGACAUCCCUCUUGAUAAUGAAGUAUUUGCUGUUCCAAAGGGUUAUAAUGCACCACAACAAGUGCAUAUAACCCAAGGUGAUUACAAUGGAAAAGCUGUAAUUAUCUCAUGGGUGACACCUGAUGAACCUGGGUCCAGCAAAGUGCAAUAUGGCACAUCAAAGAAAAAAUAUGAUUUUACUGCUGAGGGGAUAGUGAGAAACUAUACAUUUUACCAAUACAAAUCUGGAUACAUUCAUCAUUGCCUUCUUGAUGGCCUUAAGUAUGACACCAAAUAUUAUUACAAGAUUGGGGAUGGUGAUUCUUCUAGGGAAUUCUGGUUUGAAACACCUCCAAUAAUUAAUCCAGAUGUUCCUUACAAAUUUGGAAUAAUUGGUGACUUGGGACAGACCUAUAAUUCCCUGUCUACUCUUGAGCAUUUCAUGCAGAGUAAAGCCCCGGCUGUAUUAUUUGUUGGAGAUCUUUCUUAUGCCGAUAGAUAUCAAUAUAAUGAUGUAGGUAUACGAUGGGAUUCAUGGGGUCGUUUUGUUGAGAAAAGUGCAGCAUAUCAGCCGUGGAUGUGGUGUGUUGGAAAUCAUGAAAUAGAGUACAUGCCGUACAUGGAGGAAGUUGUUCCUUUCAAAUCUUAUCUUCAAAGGUACCCGACCCCUUAUUUGGCCUCCAAAAGUAGCAGUCCUCUCUGGUAUGCUAUCAGACGUGCAUCUGCUCACAUAAUUGUGUUAUCCAGCUAUUCUCCUUUUGUGAAAUACACUCCCCAAUGGCUUUGGCUCAAAGGAGAACUCAAAAAUGUUAACAGGGAGAAGACACCUUGGCUCAUUGUUCUCAUGCAUGUCCCACUUUACAACAGUAAUGAAGCACACUUCAUGGAGGGUGAAAGCAUGCGAGUAGUCUUUGAGAAAUGGUUCAUCCGUUACAAAGUUGAUAUAAUAUUUGCUGGCCAUGUUCAUGCCUAUGAGAGAUCAUAUCGGAUCUCAAAUAUUCACUACAAUAUUUCAAGUGGUGACCGUUACCCUAUACCAGACAAAUCUGCCCCCGUUUACAUUACCGUUGGAGAUGGAGGAAAUCAAGAAGGUCUUGCUGGAAAGUUCAGAGAUCCGCAACCAGAUUAUUCCGCAUUCAGAGAAGCUAGUUAUGGGCAUUCAACAUUGGAGAUAAUGAAUAGGACUCAUGCGAUCUACCAUUGGAACCGCAAUGAUGAUGGUAAAAAAGUGCCAACUGAUGCAUUUGUAUUGCACAAUCAGUACUGGGUAAGUAAUCAGAGACGGAGAAAACUGAAGAAGCUUCAUCUGAGGAAUAUUGUAGGCUGGAUCGCUAAUCAGCAGUGAUAAGAUUUCAGUAGCCUUGAAAUAACGCUUUCUUGAAGCAAAUGUUUCAGGAAAGGCUAGUGAAGCUUAUCAGCAGUGUUUCAGGAGGCUAAUGAAGCUACAAGAACAAUUGGGGCAACCUGUAUAUCUUUAAAACGUGUUAAGUAAGCUGGCUUUCUUGUAUAAUAAAUCACUCUGGGUAGCUUUCUUGGAAUAAUAAUGUUGAAUUGCAGAAAAUUAUUGCCUUUCUUCUCUGUACCCUUUAUUUAAAUCGAAAUCCAUUAUUCAAAAAUAA